UCCUACAAAAAGUGGUUCCUGCUUCUGCUUCUACAUAUUGUCAAUAUCGGCAAAAUCUUGGAAACACAGCAGCAAGGAUCAGAUAUCCCAUUAAAGAAAGAAGCCUUCAUUUCAACAACCAGUGAUUUUAGAUAACAAGUGAAAAAACUGGCCAAGUAGCCAGUUUCUGAGGAAAUAAGUAUGGAUUAUGAUUCAAAAGAGAGUGAGUUUGCAACUGCAGUUGCAGCAGCUGCAUUUGCCAUUCACUCAAUGGAACAAGCUGAACUGCAGUAUCACAAAGAGAGGAAGAAAAGCCUUGAAAUCACAAGGACCAAAACUUUGGCAGAUACCACGAAUGGGAGGCCAAGUUCUGGGGCAGCAGCUCGGCGAUUAUCUAACAAAGGAGCAAAUACUGGUGUGAACUGGUCUCUUAGAAUAAGCAGAUUGUAUCUAAUAGGUGGAGCUUCAAUGAAAAUGCCAAUGGGGCAGGACCAAAGAGCAUUGGAUUUGCAGAGUGUUUUUCCAUCUAGGUAUCCGAAUCAUGGAAAUUCUACAACUGCAAGGCCUUCAAAUCCUGCAGACGGAAAUCAAAACCGAAAGGGAAAUUCAAAAGGACAUGGUAAUGCAGUGGAAACCAAAGCAGAUGCUUGGGAGAAAGCUGAGAUGAAGAAGAUUCAGAAUCGGUAUGAAAAAGUGAAAGCUGCAAUUCUUGCUUGGGAAAAUGAGAAGAAGAUGCAAGUGAAAAUAAAGAUGGAGAGUAGAAAGAGAGAAAUGGAGCAAAGAAGAGCAAGAAACAUGCAACACUACCAAGUUAAGCAAGAAAGGAUUGACCAAAUAGCAGGUGGAGCAAGGGCACAAGUGGAAGCGAAAAGAAGAAAUGAAGAAUCCAAGGUUAGAGAGAAGGCGAAAAGGAUUAGAGCAACUGGCAAAGUUCCUGUUACAUGCUUCUGCUUCACUUGUUACUAGUCAGAACUCAGAAGAUGGAAACACUA